UACCAGUACGUACGACUACGAGUACGUACCGUAGCGUAGUGGGAAAGAUAGUUGGUUCGUGGUUUUUCAUUCGAGAARCUAGUCUAGUACUUCGUACGUACUACUUGUACUUCGGGUAAUCGUACCAAAAGUCAUUCUGUUUUUUCAAAUUUCUCCUUGGGCUUCGCUUCAUCCACGAGUUCAACAGUACRGUACCUACGGUACGGAACAGAACAACACCACGCCCGGUAGGUGCCGUACGAGCCGUACGUACCGCUAUGUACUCAUGCAUUUUGGGAAAAAGACCUUCAUGCUCACAUUCCAUUGCACCGAGUGCGUCGCCGAGAGCCCAUCCAAAGAAGURUACAACGGCAACAACGCCACUCGACACUCCAUCACGCCAUACAGCACAGCACCGCACCGCACCGCAAGAACUCCACAAAACCAGACCACAAGACUUUUAACGCUCUCCGAGAAAACCGCCAUGUCGUCGUCUUCCGGCUCCGGUCCCUACGGCACCGGGUCUUCCGCGAGCACGAACCGCGGCCGACUGGCCCGUCCCCCGCCCCGCAAAUCCACCGCUGCCGGUGGUGAGGCUGCUGGUGSAAGCACGGCAACGAGUGCGGCAUCGACCACUGCGUCGGGUCCGAGGAAAACCACCGCAGCAACAGCCGCUACCGCGGCGGCAAGAUCGAGGCGGGCCCGGGAGGCGUACGGUCGCACCAGCCGGGCCUCGGAYGGCAGUAGUACUGCUGCUAGCAGCAGCGUGGGCAGUACCGGUGUCUCCAGCAGCAGAGGCUCUGCGAGACGGAGCGGCGCUGCCGCUGUUGCAAAGGGAGCGACUGGCACGACGUCUUUGGCCRCCUCCGGUUCCUCGUCGUCGACAACCGGCACCGCAAAGGACCGCUCGGCCCGUCUGUCCGGUGCGGCCCGAAAAGCGCCGGUAGCGAGCCGCCCUGUGGGAUCGUACUACAGCUCCUCGCCGGCACCAAUGGCGGYGCCCACGGCAGAGGRAAACAAUCCGAACGGCAGUGGCAGUGGCAACAUCUACAGCAACAGCAACACCAGCGACGAGAACGAGAACGACGCCUGGGAAGACUGGGGAUCUCCGGCACCCAAACCCGCGGCCGAUAGCGCUGACCCAGCGAAAACCGCCGCCACCACAAACGACUGGUACUCGGCUCCCGUUACGACUUCCUCUCCCUACACGAGCACGGGAUUCGCAGCCAGCGAUCAAUCGCAGCAGCAAUCGCAAAACCACCAAAUACCGAUGCAACCGGGAAGUGGAUUCUACCAACCCAGCAGCGCCGUGCAGCAGCAACAACAACAACCGCUGCUAUCCGGUGCCAUGGAUGUGUCGGCACMKACGAUGUCCRCUGGUGGUGCCACUACCAGCGCGACCACGUCGGCCGGUGCCACACCGUCCUUCUCCAUGUUCAUGCCAUCGGCCUUUGCUCAGGCUCCGGGAGAGAACGCGGCCGCAAGCCACGGCAACGCCUAUGCGCCAUCGAUAGAAGACGAAGCCCCCCUCUUGGAAGAACUCGGCAUCAACGUCGAUCACAUCCUCCUCAAAAUGAAAACGGUCGUCCUUCCUUUUUCCCGCUUCGGGGGCAACCAGAUCGACCCGGCCGCCAUCUGCAAGGAAGCGGACCUGCCGGGGGCCAUCGCCCUGCUCUUCCUGCUGGGGGGKGAAAUGGUCCUCACGGGCAAGCUCCGCUUCGGAUACAUCUACGUCUAUGGCCUACUGGGCUGCAUCGCGAUGACGCUGGUGGCAAACCUCAUCAGCCCAACCGAGGCCAUUAGUUUCUGGACCGUGACGAGCAUCAUGGGAUACUCCCUYCUGCCGGUAAACAUCCUGGCGCUUGUCAAGAUUUUCGUUAUCAACCUCGUCCACCUCAACACGCUCGGAAACAUCCUGGGCGCCCUCACGGUGGCCUGGAGCACCAUGGCGAGCACGAGGCUCAUGGAGCURGGCUGCGGCCUGCGGGACCAGCGGUAUCUCAUCAUGUACCCCCUCCUCCUCUUUUAUUCGGCCUUUGUCCUUAUGACGAUAUUCUAGGUGCGGGAAUSAGAUCGGCGGACGAACGAAAGUGCGACCGUCCUAGGGACCGAGCCAACGGCACCGCAGACCUGCUGCCACAGCAGCUGCGGUCACCACGGACGAGUGACCGUGACCGUGCCAUCGCAGCAGCCGUGUCGCACGAAACGAAACGAUUUUUCCGCGCUUGCGUAACUUAUAACCUCAAAAGACCAACUACUUAUUGCCACAACAACAACAACAACGACCAUUGAUUUCUCCUCUGUUUCGCAGAGCCCGUGCACAACCUAUUAGCAGUAGCACUUAAGUACAAAAUAAACGAACGAAUCAAUCAAUAUCACGGCGCAUUCCUGUUUGACUCGCGAGGCUGAUAGGUUAAAGUAGAUGAGACCACAACACUACGUAUUGAAGUAAUUAGUACAGUACUGUACUACUAAUUCAAAAAUAUUGUWUUGUUGUUAUUUUGUGAUACCGUACGGAGAAAUAAGCAAUAAUAUUACAG